CCCACUACACUACACAGCACCCCAUAUCCUCACACCUAUCAUGGCUUCCACACCUUCCUCCUCCCUCCUCCUCACCGCAGCCACCGUCCUCCUCCUCCUCCUCAUUUCCCACACCCAAGCCCAAACCGCCCCUGCCCCAAGCCCCGCCGGCCCCCUCAACUUCACCGGCCUCCUCGACAAAAACGGCCAGUACUCCACCUUCAUCCGCCUCCUCAUCUCAACCCAAGUAGCCAACCAAAUCACCAACCAGCUCAACAGCUCCACCGAGGGCCUCACCGUCUUCGCCCCCACCGACAACGCCUUCGACAACCUCAAAGCCGGCACCCUCAACAGCCUCGACACGCAACAGCAAGUCGCCCUCGUCCUCUACCAUGUCCUCCCCAAGUACUACACGUUGGCCAGCCUCUUAACUGUGUCAAACCCCGUUAGGACUCAAGCCACCGGACAAGACGGAGGAACUUACGGACUUAACUUCACCGGGUCCGGAAACCAAGUCAACGUUUCGACCGGGAUCGUGGAGACCCAGAUCAACAAUGCACUCAGACAGCAGUUUCCCCUUGCUGUGUACCAAGUGGACAAAGUGCUUUUGCCUUAUGACUUGUUUGGUGCCAAGGCACCUGCUUCCGCUCCUCCUCCAUCAAAGGCCAAUUCGGGCAGCGGCAGCGCUAACGAGACGACAAUAAAGCCUGCCUCUUCACCGGAUAAUUCCGGUGCCGGUUCAGUUUUGAGCAAUGUGGGAUUCAUGGGUUUGGCUCUUGGGUAUCUUUUCAUGGGAACUUUCUUGUAACUAAGAAGAGUUUGAGUUUGAUGAUGGAGAUUGAUCCUAGUGUUUGUUAAGUUUGUCUUUGAGAUUUUGGGAGCUCUGUGAGAAACACGAUUUGUGCAGUACUUUGUGUGGUUUGUGUUACGAUCUAGACCUACCAACAUUCAUGUAAUUUGUAGUAAUUCUAUAUAUCUGUCUCUGUUUUUGGUUCUUUGAA